AUCCGUCCGAAACGAUUGUCGGGGAGAAUCAACACGUACCCCAGGUCGCUCUCACUAAGCGCAUUCAGCGCACCUUUGAAGUUUGCCACCACGCGUGUCGGAUACACUCCGCGUGGCAGGACCGACGCGGUCGCCUUCAUGAAGGCGUUGUUGAUUGCGAACCGAGUGGCGUUCUCGGGU